CCAAUUACAACAUUUUGUUCUUUAUACAAACAAUGCCAUAAAUGAUUACUUAGUUGAAUUUUUGACAAUAAAAAUGAAUAACAAAAUGUUGUAAUGAUAAUUCAAGAAAACCUUUGAAUUCCAAGUCCACCUGAGUUAAUAAGAUUUAUAAAUUUACAUAUACUCUUUAUUUCCCCUUUUCAGUGAUUAUAACAUAUAUUACAAAUUUAUACAUAUACAAAAUAUAACAAUAUUAUUCAAUCUUUCAAUUUAAUCAUUUUUUUUAAAAAAGGCCUAAUGCACAGUACAAGAUAGAUACUGUACAGUUUGGUAUUUUUACUAUGGACCUCUACCAUACUGUAUCAUUAAUUUGAUUAAUAAAUGUAUAGUUCCCUUGAGAAAAUUAAAACAAAACCAACGUAAUCUAGAAAUAAAUAAAUUAAUUCAAAUUAAACUUACCAUAAUUCCAAACAACAGAAAACACUGGAACACCUCCAUCGUCUUGGUAUACAUGACUGUGUCCUAGUUACUAAGCCAGCAUCAGUCACAGCAUGGACGCGUCGAUUUCAUAAUAUUAGGGGUGCUUUCCAAUUAGCAUUAUCUAACAUGUAAGUAUUACACAAAUAUUGGUCGUUUACUACAGGAUUACACAUUUGGCGGAUAGUUUACUAACAAUUUAAUGAUGUUGUUUCUAAAAGCAUGAUAUAAAACAAAAUAACACCAUUCAGAAGUGAACUCCCCUACAUUUUUUUAAACGCGUCCAAAAACAUUCGGAUUAGUUCGGAGUCGUCUAUUUAGCCGCCAGAAUAUCAAAGGUACCGGCAUUACGACAGCCGCAACCGGAGACAAAUAGAUCACUUCGUAACAAGUAAACAUGUAUUCUUGGUGUUUUGAACAAUGUGAUGAGGCUCUUCAUAUUAAGAUUGAUGGUGAAGUACAUGGAGAAGUCAAGUCUGUAAAGAUUGGGAAAAAAUUGACAACUAUAAAGGUAAUCCUGGCAAGUAAAGAAGAACUUGUAUUAAGUGUCAACCUUUUUGAUGAUAAUGGAUCAGACAUCUGUAGAAGUAUGACACCCUUAAAAAGAAGUAAAGUGGAACCAUUUUGUGUGUCUAGAACAAAGUUUGCAGAGAGAUGGAACAAGUUUGUGUCUAAUGGUGAUUCAGAAGAAGGUCGGUCCAGCAGCUCCAGUGGAAUAGAGUCAGAUGAUGACAGAAAUAGUAGCUAUUCCGAUCAUCAAAGAAGUCCCUGUACACAGUCAGAUGUGCCUAUUUCCACAUCAACUGAUGGUUCUAAAAGGAAGGAAGGCAAUAGCAUUACAGGCAUUCAAGACAGGACUUUAAGAGAUAACUUCCUAGGUACAUUUGAUGUACAUGUAAACAAUCUUAUUGCGCCACACCCUUCAAGGGCCACAAGAACAAUUUAUCACGAACAUGUGGGUAGCCUGACUGAUUCGUUUAAAGAAAAUGAUAAUGGACAGCUUGUUAUAAUGAUUGGGAUGCUGACAUGCCAGGACAUUCGGACAGAGAAUUUGCAGAAAGAUGGCUCCACAAAGAUCGAAAUACUUGGAGGCAACCACACGAGACAGGCCCUUCAAUCUCUAAAUCAGAGAGGUGUACUGACGUGUCAAUUGGUUAAAGUAAAUUUAUACAGACCUCUGCCAUUGACUGCAGCCCUUGCCAUAGGAUACCAGCAUAAUGCUCUACUUCAUGAGAAAAGAAAACCCCUCUCCUUCAUAGAUAAAGUGCGUCUAAUGAGACAAUGCAGGCCAGCACACAACAUGAGUAAAACCCAGUUAAAUGAAUGGAAAGAUAUGCUUGUGACAAUCUUCCGUGCAAAG